AAGUUUCUCCCGAAUGAUGAAUCAUGUAUUACGGAGAAUUUUAUUCCUAUGUCUCGUAACAUUUACAUUUAAACCAGGUUCGCGUGUGUGUAUAAGAUAAUAUAAAUAAUUUAUAUUUGGCUUAAACAAACAUGCUUUUCUAAAGCAAUACAUAUAGUUUGAUUUAUAAAAAUAUUGCUUUUUUAUAAAAAAAAUCAGCUUCAUUUUCCAGACAGGCGAAGUAUGUGUGUAUAUGACAGCGGGUGCGAGGAUAUCAAGGGAAGUAGCAAGAUGGUGAAUAUGCGGGACUUGUAACCUAAGCAAUCUCUCACUGGCUCAGUUACAGAUUUUUCUGGUUUCUCCCUGUUGUUCCACAUUGGCGGAGGAGUUCGUCAUGAAGCCCAGUUUUCCAUCAUUCUUGUCCUUGCUGUCAUUUGUCUCUCAUCAACAUAGUAUGGCGAGAACUAAAUAGAAAUAGACGGUCAUUCGCAGUUAGUUCAGACCUGCCAAAAUGUGACAUUUUAUGGAACAGAAUACUACUUCAUGGAAUGGUUUCUGUGGAUUUCCCCGGGAACUGCUCGUACUGUGUAUAGUGCCUCUGCUUAUGAGUACAAACACGACCUCCUUCAACGAGGAGACCGCGGUAUAAAUGCAUUCGCCUAUUAUAUUAAUAGCUAAUGAUCGACUAAUCAUUUAUAUAAAAAUCAUUAAAGAGUGUAUAUUGACAAGUAGCUCAGCCUAAAAAAAAGACGGUCAAACUCUUAAUCUUUCUAUUUAAAUUUUAUUUAUUUAUUUAUACAUUGGCGUUGAAACAUUUUUUUCAAUUAAUGUUUCUCACUUCUUUGAUUUUUUUUUUAGUAUGUCGCUGAUCGAAAAUUUAAUUCCAGGUACGCUAUUAGUAUUCAAUGCUUUCGUACUGUCUUAAUGUUUUUAGUCGUGGGCAAACUUUUUCCAAUGAAAAAUUACGUGCAUCAAAUUUAAACCGCCGGGCGACUAUCCACGGCCGCCUGGCGGCCGUGGACCAUCCUAUCGCGGGCAGAUGUUGAUUAACUUUGGUUUUAAACACGUGGUUAUCCGUGGUGUUUACAAGUGAACUAGUGUGAGUGAAGUAUGGCAGGUUUUCAGUUACAAGUAACAACUGCAAAGGCGUGGCAGCGGAACCUAAUAUGAGCACACUAUGCUUCAUAGAGUGUAUAUCUGAAUUGAAGUGAAAAUAUAUUUCAUAGUCCUCAGAAUCAUGAGGCAAAACGUGGAAUCAUCUGCUCCCGAAAGUGAGUGUCGUCGAAAGGGUGAUAUUAAAAAGUACAUGAAAAACAAAUGGCGACAAGAAACCUUCAACAAGAAACUUAAAGUCGAGAAGUGGGAAGAGAAGAGACAGAAGACAGCCUUACGGAAGUACUAUAAACAACUUCGAAAAGAAGAUCCUGGGAAAAAUUACGUCCAUCCGGCCGAUAAGCGUCGAAACCACCGAAGCAGCGAUGACAAGGUCCCGGGAGUCUCUUCACAAACAGCUAACAGGGACUCAAGUACUCUAUCUCUAAAGAAGCAUAAAGCAAGUGCCUUUAAACGAGCAUUACAAACAUUUGAGGAGAAACAACGAGAAAAAGAGGCUAAGGUGAAAAUGGUAGAGCAACAGUUGAUGCAGAAACAGGAAAGAUUAAAACAGUACAAAAAUAAACGCACCGAAAAUUUUAAAAAACUGUCCUUAAAAACUGCACGUGGUCAACCUGUUAUGGCAGGUCGCAUACAGAUGCUUUUAAGUAAAAUUGAAAAAGAUGGAUAAUCAGUAUGUGAAAAAUGUUUUUUUUUUAUUUCAGUGUUCUAUUACUAUUGCAUCAUGUUGCUGUGAACACCAGAAGAUAUAAUUCAGUAAAAAAAGACUGGUGUGUUUUGUUCAUGUACUCAGUUAGCAUAAGUUGUAGGAUAAGCCUGAAAAUGUCUAUAUCUUAACCAAUAAUUUCAAAAAGCAGAAAUACUGUAUUUUGUAUGUGCUGUUACUGGCAGUUUGUGAUGGAGCACCAUUUGAGGAAAAAAUCACAUCCUGUAAAUAAAAAGUACCUCCUUGGUCA